AUGCGAGCCCAGACUGAAUGCAAGUACAAUGCUUCAUACAGUCGCGGUGCCGUGGUGACUCCUCAAGCCUCAAAUGACGUUUAUCCUCAUCAUGUUGACGCUUCUUCGCCCGUUGAGAUGGCGUCCGCGGAAGGAAGAUCCGCCGCGGAAACCCCUUACGAGUCGCAAGAUCCUGAUCUAGUUUUGGAUGUCACUGGCCAGUACUGUGGUCCUGCUUCUGCGCAUUCUUUCCUGGGUCGCGCGGUGCAGAACUUCUCUCAUACUUCCCGACCAUCGAUAUCAACGGCACUUCCGGACUUGGAAACAUCAGCACCCGCUGUCUCCAUCUUCUCGUAUGGCGAUCGCAAGGCUCUGGAAGUAGAUCGCACUCGUUUCCACUGGCCUAAUGUGAGCGUUGCACGGGAGCUGGUCCGACGAUACUUUGACUUCGCAGCCCCGACCUACCGCAUCUUGCACCAAGGCACGGUUGAUAAAUGGGUUGAUGAUAUCGAUCACCCCCAAUCGCUUUCCAAUCCCUUGUCUGCAGCGACUCAGGCAACAUUACUCAUGGUCUUUGCGACCUCGUUAAUGUUCCGCGGCGAUCCAGAACGUAUCCGCGAUGCCGGCGAUGAUGGAUGGCGCCAUAGCGAAUUGUACUAUGCCAUGGCCGAGUCUAGCUUGGCCCAUGAGGUGGGAAUGCCAACACUUGGGUCUGUACAGGCCCGUUUUUUGAUGGUUCUGUAUCUGUUGUGCUCAUCGCGUGCCAACCAGUCAUGGUUUGCUUUUGGUACGGUGGUGCAGCUCCUCAUGUGCCUGGGACUGCAUCGCUAUCGGUCACUGAACGAAUCGGCCUCGAUGGAAGAGCGCGUUACUCGAGAGUGUGAGAAGCGCGUGCUUUGGUGCGCGUAUACGUUGGAUAAAUACCUCAGCCUUAUUCUAGGACGGCCCCGUUUCCUCCAAGAAGAGGACAUUGACCAAGAACUCCCGGCUGCUGUGGAUGAUGACGAUCUAGGGCGCGAGCAGCCCGACGAAAACAGCACACCCAAGGAUUGUAUCAUGAAUGCUCCCAUACUCCAUUCUUUGCUAGCUCGAAUCCUGUCGCGUGCGGCCAAGGAACAAUAUGCCGUUAGAUCAAUCUCGGAUGCACAGCAGAUGCAGGCCAUCGAGUCGCUUAGCGAAGCCAUUGAGGUGUGGCAUGCACAAUUACCUCCGAUACUUUCCGGUGCCAUUCAACCAAGUAGCCUGAUCCCCCUUUUCCGUCGUCAGCUCACCGUGUUGCAGUUGGCGCGUUUUCAUGCCAUUAUGUUCGUGACGAGACCACUACUGCUGCGUAACUACGCCGUCAAUCUUCCUGGCUAUGAAAGUUCCUAUCGAAAUUAUCUCAUCACCUGCGUUGCGGCGGCUCGCGACACGAUAUCGCUCAUACUGAGCUUUGCCAAAGAAGAACAGCUUUUCCCGGCAUUCUGGUAUUCGCAGUACAUUGCCUUCAACGCCCUAUCGGCAAUAUACAUCUACCUGAUUCAAAUGAAACGGGGUCGUAUCCCACCCUGUACGACUCAGGACUUGCAUGAAAACACGUUAUAUGAGCUCGCAGAAACCACCCAGCACCAUCUAGCACAGGUCACGGUCCGGAAUGCUCCGUCCUGGAGAUACAGUGUCAUCCUGCAGGGUCUUCGUGGGGAAGCCAACCGCGUUCUACAUCAGGAUGAAUUCCAGGAUAGAGGGAGCACUCAACAAAGACAUACGAAAAUGAAUCGAACAGCAGCAACUCGUACCCUUCCAGUGGAUCCCAUGUUGAGUUCUCAGCCAUCGAGCGCAGCUGUCUAUGAAGAACACCCAAUGAUCGAGGAGAUGGCAGCUCCUGGAUAUAAUAUACUUGACCCACGCGCAGAAAGUCUCUUUGGGAGCUUCGCGAUGGAUGGUGAUCCAUCGUUGAAUUUCUGGCCGCAGCUGGAUUGCUUGCCUAUAAUGUAUCCGGACCUCUGGCCAGGAUUCGGAUAG